AUGUCCGAGCAACUUUUGUUGGUGUCGCUACCAAGCAGCGCAGCGCCUAGUGGAGGAGAUCCCCAGACUCAAUUGGAUAAAUGGCUGGCAGAAAAUCUUACGAUUCCCCACCAAGAGUUCGCUCAUUUCGACAUCCCUUCUUUUAAAAUUGGGACAUUGGAUAACCUAGUCCAGCAAUCUGAGGAAUUGGCAAAAUAUGAUGGCCAGUUAGAGUCCAUUGCUAGUAAAGCUGCCGAUAUUAUCAAUUCUCUUUAUGAUUCGGAAAAUCAAAUUAAAGCAGCCAAAGUGAUUGACAACAGAUACACAUCGGCUGACUACCUGAAGCACUUCCAAUGGAAUUCGAGUAAAUAUAGAGUUGAUAAGUCAAUUGGUGAGCUAGUAGAUCUAAUUACUAAGGAAGUAUUCAGCCUGGACAACGAUGUUAGAACCAGUUACAAUUCAUAUUCAACAGCCAAGUCCAACCUUUCUGCAGUUGACCGCAAACAAACUGGUAACUUGUCAGUUCGCUCUCUUCAUGACGUUGUAAAGAGAGAACACUUUGUUCUUGAAAGUGAGUAUUUACGUACAGUUUUAGUAGCUGUUCCAAAGGCAUCCACCAAAGAAUUUCUUGCAUCUUAUGAAACUUUGGUUCCCAUGGUUGUUCCCCGUAGUGCUGGAGUUAUAGCUGAAGAUUCUGAAUAUGUGCUUUACAAUGUUACUUUAUUCCAGAAAUACGUCAGUCAAUUUGUAGCAAAGCUUCGUGAUCACAAAUGGUCUCCUCGUGAAUUCAAAUAUUCCGACACUUUAGUUGCUGAUUUGCGAAAGGAACAAGCUGUUGCUUCUGAGACGGAACGUAAAUUGUGGGGUGAAGUUGUACGUCUUUCUAAGGCUGCUUAUGCUGAUAUUGUUAAAGGAUGGGCUCAUAUUAAAGCAUUGAGGGUGUUUGUUGAAAGUGUACUGAGAUAUGGCCUCCCCCCUAAUUUCCUGACUAGUAUUUUUGUUGUACCCUCUGGCCGUCUAGAGAAGAUUGAGAAGAUCUUGAUUGAGAAGUUUGGAUACUUAGGAGGUAAUGCUUUUGAGAAGGACACCAGAGGACGAUUGAAGGGAGAUUCUGAUCUACAUGAAUAUGGAGCAUUAGUAGAGGCUGAUUAUAAGCCAUUUGUCUUGUAUGUCUUGCCGGCCGUCUAA